AAAUAUCAUCCAAAGCCGUUCAGAACCUUUCAAGUUAUUUUGAACACAAACAAACAAACCGAUAAACGCCAGCAAAAACAUAACCGCCGCGCUGCGCUAUGCUUGGAGGAGGUAAUAACAAAGUUGAAAUAGAAUUUUUUUUUUAAAGCUGUAAUUUUAUGAGAAUAAAGUCCAAAUAUUCACAGAAAAGUCAUAUUCUUAUGAGAAAAAACACAAUUUUACAAGAAUAAACUUUUAAUAUUGUGAGGAAAAAAAUGCCAUUUUAGUAGCGUAGAGUUCAAAUAUUAAAGAAAAAAUAUGUCGUGUUUUUUAAAGUUGUAAUUUUAUGACUAGGCCUGUCACGAUAAUGGAUAUGUCGAUGUAUUGAACUAUUUAAAUAAAACAGGUCGGUAAUUAUGAGCCCUGGAUAAAUGGACAUUUACGUGUAUGCGCGUCUGAGCCAUCUGCUAGUCUCUCUGUGCUACACAGGCUGAAUGAUAAGAGGGUUCACUCUGCUUGUGUCUGUGCACAUUGGCUCUAUAGGAAAUGAACACAGAAGAGAGUGAGCAUCUUCUCAGCCACCGUAUUAAGCCUCUUUGUCCCAGUAGUGGAGGCGGGAGCUACGUACAUCGAGUGCGAGCAGUUAGCAAGCAGACGCGAAUAUGAAUGAAGGCACAAAAGUAAUCAUUUGUAAUGAUGUCAACGCUUACUGAGGCGUUUGAUUGGCGGAGUAAAUAUUCAACGAAGCAUCGCAAAAUGGCGCGCGUUCACAGGGUCGCUCGCUACAUUGCAAAAGAAAUGCAACCUUUCAAUACGGUUGAAAAGCCAACAGCAGGAAUUGUCGGGGAGAUAUGAGCAACAUUUUAGCUCACUCUCUUGUCUGUUAUCUACGGGGCCCCGGAGGGGACAUGGAAAGAAAAAAAAUGAGCGAACUUUUGCGAGAUUUGCAUUCCCUAGCAAAACGGUUUAAGGGCAUUGCUCUUCCACGUACGCGUACUUACUGCGGUAAAGUUAGAAACAUAUUCACAGAUUCAAACUUCCGGCAUCAAUAACUCCCAAGUGAAUGAUUCUAACACAGUAAACCAAACCUAUUUCAACACAGACAAACAGCUACAACCCAGUUUUUAUCAAAACGAGCCGUCUUCGGUGCAGUCUGACUUAUAUUGAUCUCGAGGAGAAGCCGGCAGCGAGACCGGAGCGCAGGGACCGUCUACAAAUGUCUUCUUCUUCUUCUUCUUCUUCUGUAUUAUGGCGGUUGGCAUCAAUUUUGCCAACUCCUCGAUCGACCAGAUUCUCAUCCAUCAGAAGGUGGAACUCCUGGAAGCAUUCAUCGGCUUUGAGUCCAACAACCAGUACGAAAUCAAGAACAGCCUGGGCCAGAAGAUCUACAAAGCCAAGGAGAAGAACGACUGCUGCACCAGGAACUGCUGCGGCUCGCUUCGGAGUUUCGACAUGAAGAUCAAAGACAACUCAGAUCGUGAGGUCAUCCGCCUGGUGCGGCCUUUUCGAUGUGUUUCCUGCUGGUGUCCCUGCUGCCUGCAAGAGUUGGAGGUCCAGGCCCCACCGGGCACCACGGUGGGCUACGUCAAACAGGACUGGCACCCUUUCGUCCCUCGCUUUUCCAUCCAGGAUGCCAACAAGGAGACCGUGAUGAAGCUGGAGGGUCCUUGCUUCGCCUGUAACUGCUGCGGGGAUGUCAGCUUUGAGCUGAAGAGCAAAAAUGGCGGCCAACCCAUCGGUCGCAUCACCAAGCAGUGGAGUGGACUUUUGAAGGAAGUCUUCACCGACACCGACAACUUUGGCAUCCAGUUCCCUCUGGACAUGGACGUCAGGAUGAAAGCUGUCCUCCUGGGGGCAUGUUUCCUUAUCGAUUUCAUGUUCUUUGAGAAGGUGGGUGAGGCCAACCAGCGCAGCACUGUCUUUUCCUAAAACAGGAGGGGAAAAAAACCCAACAACAACAAUAUAUCCGUCCAUCCAUGGUGGCAUUGUAUAUGCAAUAUGUAUAAUAUUUCUCAUUUGUACUUGUUGCCAUAGCAACUCAAGCCAAAUACCACUAAAAAAAACCCAUACUGGCCUUCAACUUUAAUGCCUGUUUCUUAUUUUGCAACGUUAAGACUUUACCAUAUUGACCACAGCAGAGAGAACAAACAGACAUCUCUGUCUCUCUUCCUACUACUUCUGACACUUUUAUACUCUUGCUUUUAUACUUCUUUUUUUUUUAAACAUUGUAAUGCAAUUAAAGCUCUACAUGCAGAAGCCGAAAUAAAUCCUUGUGGAAAUGAUGAAGUACUAUAUGCUGCUGUG